CACCAUCGCCCGCGUUGCCACGACGAGCGGCGAGGCGGCCUCCAGGCGCCGCGGGGUCGGGGCGAGGAGGCUGCCCGAGUCCGUGGGCGCGCUGCUGGGGCACGUGCAGGAGCGGGCGCUGGCCGCGCCCUGCGAGCGCGUGGCCGCGCGCCUCGUGCGGCUCCUGCGCGCCCUCGCGCCGCGCGUCACGGACGACGGCGAGGAGCCCGAGGUGCUCGGCAUCGACCUCAACGUCGUACGGCCGCUCUGCUCCGAGGGCGUGCCGGAUGAGGUGCCCGCGCUGCGCGCGGCGCUGUGGAAG